UUUACCUAAAAAGCAGGCAGCACAACGGAUAGCUGCGACCACAAGCAGGUGCAUGUAACAUGAAAUACGGCGGACUUGUACUUUGCUUUGUCUUGGCUGUCGUUUAUGGAAAAUUCACUGCCGGUGGAACAAGUUAUCAACUCCCAGAAGAAAUCACAUUUCAAGUUUACGUUGCUUUCGAUAAUGUCCUGCACACGCAUUUUAGCAAUGCCGCUCGGGCAACGCAGUACGCCAGCGUGUUCUUCAAUGCAAUAAACCUCCACUUCCGAGAGAUGCGGAAUCCAAGAAUCAAGUUCGAAGUCGUCAUGUUUCACGGUCAGAACUACGAAUUUACAAAGCCUGCUCUUACCUUGGAUCAUUCCCAAAGUCAAGUGGAUGCUACCGCAAGCCUCGAUUCCCUCUACAACUUCACACGUACAAGAAAGCACUUCGAGCCGUCAGAUAUUGUGUUUGUCUUUUCGGGGCGGAAAGUAUACAGAGUGCGCACCGACGGACACUGGGAUUAUUAUCCACAAGGUCUUACCUGGGAUGGAGGAAUAUGCAACGCCAGCAGGAAGUUCAUUAUCGUUAGCGACAUAGGCAAGCAGUUCAGCGCCUUGCCGAACGCCGGGUUCCAGCUCUCUCGUCUUCUGGGUGCACCUGCGGCCUGCACGCCGGAUUCGGGUAAGCUAGAAGGCAACUUUGUGCCCUUUGUGCUGACAGAUUGCGCUAUGGAUGGUAUCAGAAAGUUUCUCCAAAAUAUAGUGAAGGAUGAUCCUCAUCGGGCAAAAGAAUGCUUCAGAAGAAGGUAUAAUGUGUCAAUCAGUCAAUACUUCAAUGGCCUUCCAAGCUCCAUGGUUGAUGAAGAUGCGUUAUGCAAAAGUUCAGAAAAAUUCGCUAAAGACUAUGGUAGAAGAGGACGCUGUGAGGUACUUAGAAUGCUACUGACGCGUACAUUUUCCUACAGCAGUGUCUCAGACGAUGUCCAGUAG